AUCCAACUCAUAUUAGUUACUCAUUUAUUGUAAAUAAUUUACAAGGGGGAAAAGUUGCGGAGCUAUACGCCCUGUGGCAAUCGGGAUAACGUGCGAAACGACACGAUACCCUGUGACACGUGAGCGAAGACCAGUGGGCAUGAGUAAAAGCAGAGAGACUAGAGAGAAAGGUUGGUGGUCGCAGUUUGGCUGGGAUAGCUCGCCCUCUCACAUCCUCACCAUCUCCCCUCCCAAACCACUACCGUGUCUAAUAGGAACCAUGAGGUGGAGUCUGACAGUGCUGGCCGUGAUGGUGACGACGGGAUGUACUGGCCUGGAGUUGCUGGUGUAUCCUUCGGACGUGUUGCGAAUUCCUGAGGACACCUUACACAACCUCACACUCUCUCUCACCUUCAACACUACCCAAGCCUUCGACGCCGCCCUCAACAGGUCGGGGUCGGUGCUGGUGGUGCGGGUGGUGCCGGACGAGGAGUGGAAACUGAAGAUCGUGAAUACGCCGGUGCAGUUCACGGCGCAGGAGGUGACGGAGGCGGCUUGCAAAACCGUAAUGGUUAGCGGCUACUACUGGGGCCACACCAGACUGAGCUUCUACCUCACCGUCAACCACGUCGACGACCAGUUCUUGCCUGGCGUCCUCUUGCGUGAUGACGUAGUGGUGUUGGUGUUGCAGGUGGUGGUGGACCGCAGUGCCAAGUUGCUGGACUCUUUCUUCAUUAUGGGCGUGACUUUGUUCCUCAUCUGUAACACUGUCAACAUGGGAUGCCAGCUCGAUCUGAAACUCAUCUGGCAGGUGCUCAGGAAGCCGGUGGGGCCCGUUUGUGGCUUCCUCUCACAGUUCGCCUUCAUGCCCGGGGUAGGUGAGGCACCAGUGACCGGCUGCCUGCACACAACUUCACUCACUAUUUCCAUGUUUCAGUUUUCUUAUUUAAUUGGAUGGUUGAUCUUUGAGGACCCGUUGCAACGUCUCGGCUUGUUCACGCUGGGGUGUUGUCCUGGCGGUAUCCUGAGUAACUUCAUCACCUUGCUGUUCAGUGGUGACCUUAACCUCUCUGUCACCAUGACCUUCAUCUCAACGUUAUCUGCCAUGGGAAUGAUGCCGCUCUGGAUGUAUACACUGGGUACCUCACUCACGAGCGAGAACAAUUACAUGAAAGUUCCCUUCGCUAACCUGGCCAUCUCCCUUGUCUCCCUCACUGUACCCACUGGCAUAGGCAUGUUCAUUAAGUACAAGCGGCCCCGGUGGGCAGAGAUCUCCAACCGUCUGAUCAAACCCAUCACUGUGCUUAUCCUCGUGUUAUUUGGGGCGAUUGGAGCAUACAGUUCCUACAAGGCAUUUUUAAUGAUGAAUGGUGCAAUGCUGUUGGCUGGAUUGAUAAUAACUGUUGCAGGCUAUGCCUUCGGUGCCAUCAUGAGCAAACUUUGCUGCCUCAAACGUGACAAGAUCAUCGCCAUUAGCAUUGAGACAGCAUUUCAAAAUGCAGGUGUUUGCUUCAUUGUUCUCAAACUGUCUUUACCAACCCCUGAGAGUGACUUGGCUGCUCUCCCUGCCCUCGCACAGAUCUUCCUGACCGCAGUGCCAGUCAUGCUAAGUUACGGAGUAUAUGAAAUAGCCAGACACUACUGUGGAUGCUGCCCCACCCAUGACACAAAUCAACCAACAAACUUGACGCCUGAUUCUAAAGAUCCUACAGAAUUUGUUGAGACAUCGAUAUCCCUACUGAGUGGAGACAAGCACUGACAAAGAGGUUACCGAGAAAGUAGUGUUUGCAGAAGAUCGCUUGUUUUAAAUGUUGAUAUACUGUAGUUAUUUCAAAGCCGAAUUUACAAGAUUUAUGACCCUAUGGUACCUGUAAAAGUAUUAUCACCCUGAGUUUAUUUGGAACAUUCCUACUAAUUUUCGUUAUAAAUGAACGUAAAAAAAGGUAACUUCUAGAAUGUAAGCUUGCAGUCAAAAUUUAAUAUAAAACGGAUUCCUCUGGUGGUCUAGUCCCAUUGGAAAAGAAAAAUAUACUUGUCCCAAAAUAUAAUUACUGAUGGGAAAUACAAGUCACUUGACCUAACAGUAACAGUGACUGAAUUAUGGCGUCAGAAAAUAUAUGCCGAGGUAUAACAGAAGGGGGUAAUGUGGAGCUCCUGUAGCUCUACACUGUAUGUCAUAACCUAGGGUGGUAGUUGUCGGUAUAAACAAUAUACAGUAAUACAAAGUUUGGUGUAAAUGCACCUAACGACGACCCUCACUCGUCUGUUACUAACACGUUAGAAUAUAUUAUCACAGUACUUUAAUAGGAGUACAGUAUUAUAAUAUGUUAAGGGCAUAACUUAUACUGCACUUAUUUAUUAAUGCUUUAUUGUCCAUUGCCUAGUGUAGUGAACUAUCCGUUUUGUCUAUCUCUGUUGUUGUGAUAGCUUUUCCUUUUUAUUUAUAUUAAUGCACAAAUAUAUCUAUUAUAAUUAAGUGGGUUGCCUGUUGUGUAUACUUCCUUUCAUUUUCAAGAGAGUAAACACUGCUAUAUACUAUAAAUAUUGGACCAUCUGUACAGCUUAUAUCAAUCAAAAUAGAACACCAAUACCCCAAAUACUGUGUAUCGUCCUUGACUUAACUCAGGAUCAUGUUCAGGUACAUUCAAGAGGCCGUCCAUGCCCAGUACAGUUACUGUACUGUACUUGUCAACAGUGUAUAACAAAAUAACUAAUCGCCCGGUCUCCUAGUAAUCUGACAUGUUCCGACUUUCCCCUCUCAUUAACUAAAGUCUUCUGAAACUUGUACACAAAAUUUCAAAUAUUUGCUAUAAAAACAUUUACAAGU